AUGAGCUCGGCACUGCUUCCUGCAGCCACCGUCUUCUACUCGCCCUCUGUUGGGUCUCCAGGCCGCUUAAAAAGGAGGCCUCUUCCGCCGCCGGCAGGCCAGCGCCGGCGGACUGGCGGCGCCGGCGCCGGCGCCGGCGGGUGGCAGCUUAUGCCCGUUGUGGCGGCCAAUUCUUCCGACGGCAAGGGAGACGAGGGGUCCUCGUUCAACCCGUUUGGAUUUGUAACGGAUAAUCCUUCCAGUAGGAGCGCCAUCCAGCUCCCUGAGUCGCCGGCUGAAGACGGAAAUGUCGGCCAGAUGCUCUACGUAAUGACUGACACCCAUCGCCCACUCUUCCCCUUAAUGUCAGGCUGCUUCCGAUUGCCCUAAGAUCUCUAUGAUUUGAAGGCUAAUUUUUCUUAUUUUGGAUAAGGCAGUGAACUUUCUUCAUAAAUUUGUUAUAUAAAUAGAGUUUAAUCGUUAGAGAUUUUCGCUAGAUAAUAGCAACCCAAUUAAUUUUUGUCAUGUAACGAAGAUCAUCAGAGAAUUUUGAUGAUCGUGCUAGGGGUUUUAUCAUUUCUCCAAAGAACCUGCAUUGGUUUUACGAAAAUAUUGCGAGUUCAAUUAAGUUUGAUUUAAAAAAAAUAAAUCAAUACGUUUGUGUUUGUGGUUUGAAAGAAAACCAAGAUAAUUCAUUUCUUACAUUUUUUUACACAAUGAUGGUGAAGACCUAAUCCCACCUAAAUAUCAGAUUAUGUAGUGACCAAGCUACAGGCUUAGUUAUUCUUCUAAAGGCCUUCCAUUGUUUUUACAAAGAACACGACGAUGAAUAUAAAAUUUGAAUAUUUUAUAUAAUCCAUUUGUCUGUGGAAUUGAUCACUUAUCGAAAGUGCGAUAGACAUAAAACUCGGUGUAAUCUUGAUAAUUUUUUAGAAUUUUUUUUAUGAUGGCCAUACUAACUAGCUAAUCCUUCAUAAAUCUUUUUUUUUUCUCAUUCAUCAACGAUUCUCGAUAAAUCGCAUUAAUUAUUCUUUUUAAUGAAGUUCGCAUUAGUUUAUGAAGAAUAAUGUCCUUAAUUUCUGCCUUAUGGACUAAAAUAUCUGUCUUCAUGUGAUAGACAGUCACUUCCUUUCCGUUCUGUUUCUAUGUGGGAGAUACAAAUGGCAGCCAUCUGUGGCCCAUUCUUUAUGAUGUUUCCCUUGUUCUUCUCUCUAUCUGGGGAUGUUCAAAGACUUUCACCAGUCCACGGAAACAUCUUCUUCUCCUUUGAAAGUAAGAAGGUGAACGAACUAUGUCAUAGUUUAUUAGUUUCUAGAGGACCAAGAGGUCUCUAAAUGUCUCCGAAGCUGUCCAAUUCAGCCUCAUAGAUAUCAAAAUAACGAAGUUUCUGCUUGCUCUCUGAUAGGAAGGACUAAAGGGCCUUCGAAGAAUUCUUCUCUCUGUGAUAUGAAAUUGGGAAUAUUGUACUCUUUUGGCACGAUGGGGUCAUAUGUUUUACGCAAAAAAAUUACAAAAGAGUGAGAAAAUACCUUUCAACCGAUGCAAACUUGUAUUUUAUGGGAGAUUAAACCGUUCAUUUUAUUUGUGACUUUGGCUGCUACUCAGUGCUUUUACUUUAGACUCUGCUCGAGUUUACUUGAAUUUGGUGAAACAUUAUUCGAGUUAGGGAUAGGACUGGUGCUUUCCACUCAGUGGAAAGCUUGCUUGCUCAGAGUUAUCUAACCUUCCCAGGUUGCAAGUUUGGUCAACUCUAUACAUAAUUAAUUCCUUUAGUAGUGUUUUUGCUGACAAUGGGUACAGGGUUUAGUGGUUUCCUCUUUUAGUCGUAUUCGGUCUUAGUCACUAUUUGAAAUCCACAACAGGGUGGUUGAAUUGAUCGAUUAUUGCCCUAUCAGUUACCGUUACAUUGGCUGCAGACCAGAAAAUCCCUUUUCAAAAAACUUUGAAAAUGGUAUCAGUCAGUUGAUUGUUUAUGAGUUGUUGAAAUAACAAUCAAGACCCAAAUAGGUGUAUGCUUGAUGAAAUUUCCGGAAACAUAAACUCCUCAAAGGAAUUGUACAAAGUAAUCGUUUUUCUUACUUUUGAUACAAACUAUUCACACAUCACCCAUAAUACUUGGUUCUAAGGGAGACCUACCCCUAAUUUUCCUUUUUGUUGAGCUUCUUCUUCGGCUUAUUAAGUCACUCUUUACCUCGUUGGACGUGGCUGUUCAUGACGUCCAUCCAAGGGGAUGGAUCUUGAUAGGCUGCGUCAGAAAUUACUGCACUGAAGAAGUUUAGGACAGAUGAACACCUAGCUUUCAUUUCAGAUGGUUCUUGAUCUCAGUUAGGAUUACAAUGAUGCUUUAUUGAUCCAUAUAUUACUACAUUUUUUAUUUAUUUAUGAUAUUUAAGAACAAACUGAGAAGUAACUGCGGCAUUAAUCCCUAGUAUAAAUUUUUCUUUCCACAUUCUUCUUUUAAUUUAGUUUUUUUUUGUUUCUUUCCUGUUUCAUUCAGAGAAUACAGGACAAAGGGAAGGAGUAUGGCUCUUAUGUCAAAUCGGGGAAAUUCAGGUGGUUUGUGAGAGAAACAGGUAUCCAUCUUUUGUUCGUUUGAAAGUAUGCAAGUGGCUAUUAAGGGCUGCCUAGUCAGCAUCCAUAAUCAUUCUUUGUAUUUAUGAUAUAUAAAAAAAUUUCAAUCGAAGCAGGUUUCCAAAUUAAAUAGAGAAAUCCUGAAUGUAACAUAUUUUCCAUUACUAGGGAGCAGAUAUUGAUCCUAGUUUCCAUUCCAUUCAUAUCGUUCAUGAUUUAGAGAGAGAGAGAUCAUGAAGGUAACAUAUUUUUAGGAGCCUGAAUCAUGAACGAUAUGAGUGGCAUGUAAAUUUCGAUUGAUUUCUGCUACUAAACUUUUCCAGAAUGUAUCAUGAGAGGUGUGACAUAUAAUAGCAACUAAGAAGGCUGACAGUAGAAUGACUUCAAUCGCAUGAUGAUCAUGAAAAACAUACUGAGAAGGAAGCUCGUUUUGCAUAAAAUUAUUGAAACUUGCUUCCUGUUUCUUUCAUUUAUAUCUCACUUGAACCUUAAAUUUUAGCUCUAAUGCUUACCAAAACAGACCUACUUUCUGAUUUUUUUUCAUGUGCUUUGUUUCCAUUUUGAUAGUCGUGAUAAAAUGAGUAGGUUCCACGACAAGCAGACCUUUUGUUGAUGAAAGGUUAAUUGUAGGAGUCCUUUUGGGGCCCAGAGAGGAAACCUACGAUGGCUUGACUUCGUGUCAUCCGAAAAAAAAUCUUCAUCGAAUUUAAUUUCAUAUUAAUCUUUUGAGCAUCAGCUCAUUUGCCUAGUAUUGAUGUGAAAUUUCCCUAUAUUUUUUUAAUUAUUAUGCCAUUUUUUUCCCACACUUGUAUCCUAGUUUUUAUGAUGAAGAAACAGUUCCAAGAAUAGUGUAUUUGUGAUCGCAUGAGAGAUUCUCUGUCAUAGAAAAGAUAAAUAUCAUUCCAUAAUAGUAUUUGCUCUUAUAACACAUGCUUUUGGAAAACCAUUUUUGUAGGUUCAUCAGAUAACUGUCGUGGAACCAUCGUGUUUCUCCAUGGGGCUCCAACGCAAUCUUUUAGCUAUCGUGUGGUUAUGGCUCAGGUAUUUUGUUAAUCUUCUGUCCGCUUUGAUAUGCAUGACCAUAUGUCACGCCAUAGUGUCUGCAUAUUUAGUCUUCAUCUUUCUCUGUUAUUGAAAAUUUUAAUUCGUCAUCUCUUUCAUUCUAACCCUUAAUUGCAAUACCAAAUCCAUAUCUUUCUAUUGAAUUAUUUGACUGCUGAAUUUUUCCUCUGUUUAACAAUAACCUACACUCAUACAUAUCAAUCUGCAUUUAAAAUCACGAUAUACUGUGAUAGUAUGAAAGUUCAGGUGAGCUUUGUGCUUGGUCUGCCUCUUCUGGAAACUGAAGGAAUUCGCAUCGACGUUUUCAGCAGAAAUCAGCAGUCAGCAUAAAACUGUCACCUUGUGAAAUUUGACUCGUUUGGAGCUCAGAAAUGCCCAAAAGUUUCUAUCAUUGACCUUUAAAGGUCAUGAAUGGGAAUCGUCCAAUUCUAUUAGAUGAUGAUGACCCUUAUGUUGGUGCUUCUUUUAAUGCAGAGAAGUUUUAGUUAUUUGUUUUCCAAAAUCAUUCAUUUACUUAAAAAAACUUAUUAAAUGAUAAUUCCGAAUGUAAUGCGUGCAAAAGUGAAGCUACUGACAUGAAAUGGAGAUUCGGUGAACAUUCAUACUUAGAUAUUUCAAACAAGGAAUACUCAUCGGGAAAAUGAUGUUUGUUGUGGAAGAUGGACGAGGUACACGCGUCAUUGUAAAACCCUGAAGAUGAACUAGGGCAGGGAACCAUGAUGCUGAUUUGAUUAUGAUGAUGAUUUUACAUAGACGAUACAACGCUUUAGACCUUGUGACUUUGUCUUUGACGACAUUGAGAUGUCGAUUCAUUCAUAACCAAUUCCUGGCGAGGAAAUAUUUUGCAGUUUCCUUCCCUGAAUAUAGGUCUGCAUGCAAUGUUUAAUCAUAGGUCUGAAUGACCGCUAGCCAAAGAGGAUGUGGAUUGAACUGGGAAGAUUCUAUCGAUCAUUUUUCGGAAAUUAUCUUAGGCAACCCUUGUUUGUUCUGCUCUGUGAAAAUGCAGAUUCACCAAAGUUGGAUCGGAUAUACUUAUACCAUGCCUAAUUAAAGAUAUUUCUAUGUGUCCAUAUGCCACGAAAAAUUUGCAACCAGCCCUCUUAAGUAACUUCAUGCUACAAUUUACUAAUUAUGUAGGUGAUCAUCUUCAGAAUAGCUUUUUUAACUGUUGCGAGAAUCUCCAUUACGUGAUCAUCUAAAAUUUAUGUGCGUGAAUAAUUUUUCUUUUGAUGCUUUACGUAACUCUCAUGUGGUUAUACGUCGCAAUCCAAUUGGUCUCGAAAAUUUAUCUUUAAUAUUUUUUCGCAACUAAGUAAUUCUUAUCAAAACAGAUGGCUGAGGCUGGUUUCCACUGCUUUGCGCCAGACUGGAUAGGAUUUGGUUUCAGUGACAAACCACAGCCAGGUUAUGGAUUCGACUACACAGGUAUGGGUGAUUUACUUUUCGUUUACCACAUAGCUCUCCCUUGACAUGUUUUUCUUAAUUGUGGAAAACCAGAGAAGGAAUUCCAUGAAGAACUUGAAAAGCUCUUAGCUGUGCUGAAAAUUGAUUCUCCAUUCAUCCUUGUAUCUCAGGUUACACUUAACAGAAAAUCUGGCAAUUAUCUUUCUCUGAAUUUUUUGAAGAUGGUAAUAAAUUAUUUCAGUUGCAAUGUAAAGAUGGCAAAAUACAUUUUUCCAUGCAAUGAAAAAAACUUAGGAGGAAAAUAUUUAGCCGGAAUGAAUAUAAUUAUAAUUAUUUAUAUUUUUUAUGUUUUAAAUAUUUACAUCUGCCUUCGUAUUUUGCAGGGUUUUCUUGUAGGUUCGUAUGGGUUGACGUGGGCUCUAAAGAACUCAGAGAUGGUCUCAAAGAUUGUACUUCUUAAUGGCCCACUGACAGCUUCAUCUCCUCUUCCUGGGUUGUUUCAACAGCUAAGGUCAGAUUUUUGAUCAGUCUAUUGAAUCUAUCAUUUGGCGAAAAAAAUAAAUGAUCUUGGUCUUUUUUAUUUCAUCUGUAAAUAGUUUCACUGACAUCUUUAGUUCCAUUCCUCGUACAAACCUUAUUGUAUUAUAUUUUAUUUUAAUUAUGGUUCCCAUUAUUUCAGGAUUCCACUCUUCGGAGAAUUUACAUGCCAGAAUGCUGUUAUGGCUGAGCGUUUCAUCGAAGCAGGUAGCGCGUAUGUAUUAAAAAUGCAUCUUCUUUGUCCUGUCUUUCCAUUUUCUGUAGGACUAAUCUUUUAUCUUUCAUUUUUUUUAUUUCCUAUGAGUAUAGUUCAGGAUUCAUAUUUACUGAUCUUACAUCUUAUCUCUUGGCAGUUAUAUGCUAAAGUUGGAAAAAGCUGAUGUAUACCGUUUACCAUACUUAGCAAGUAGCGGGCCCGGAUUUGGUUCGUAUUUCUUGAUACUUAAUUAUUUAUCUGCGUUUGUAUAUUUUUUUAACUGAAAAAGGAUGUAAAGAUAAAUGGAGUUGGAAAGCAAAUGUUCUCAUAAUAUUCUUACAGAAAAGAGAUCCCCAACUGUCCAUUUCACAUUGUAGAGUUGAGUGUUCAAGUGAAGAGCUAGUAACCUUCCUGCCCUAUCCAAUGAUAUAAUGCGGCUUGCAUAACUUGAGGAAGAAGUUGUUUAUUUUCUGUGACAAUAGUUGAGAACCUCAUCUUCACGCUGUUUAUAUGAGAAACAUGUAUCUUAUUAUAAUUAGCACACUUUGGUCGAAAUUAUUGCUUUCUUAUGCUCAAUAUCUGACGGCCAGUACGACGAAAGCUCAGGCCCAUUUCGAUGAGUCACUAGAGUAGAUGGUUCACAUAACUGGGAGUAAAGUCUCAAAUUCUCUUUCAAGAACCGGCUUUUAGUCUUCUGUGUUUAUGGAAAAUGGUAGACGAAAAGGAAGAGCACAUCGUCUUACUGAAGAAAGUUUUGGAAUAUUUUUGAAUUUUGGCUGUGAUGUUUCCCUUUCUAUAUUUUGAUUAUAGCUCUACUUUCUGAGUGAUCAUCUGCCACUACUAGUAUAUCAUAUCUUCACCAACUCAUUGUAUCCUAAACAUUUAAAAUUGCAUGGGAAAACUAGGCCACAGGUUAAUAUUCUUUCUUCUCCGAGUAUAAUAUUAACUCCAUGAGAUAAUAUGAAGUGAAUGUAAAAUCUGAUCAUGUUAAUUAUCUUUAGUGCUUUUAUGUAGUGAUUUUCCCUUCACUUAUCAUUUGUACAGUAGUUUUUUUGUAGAAAAGGAAAAUAGUAGAUAAUAGAUAACUUCUAGUGAAGCUCACAAUGACCCACUUUUCUUCUCAAUGUUCCUAGCUUUGCUCGAAGCUGCAAGAAAAGCUGAUUUCAAGGAGAUAUCUACUCGAAUAGCAACUGGAUUUUCGUCAGGAAGGUGUGGAUUAACUCAAUAUUUCUACUUUCUUCAAAGUUUCGAACUACAUGGGUUUCUUCUUUGUCUCCUUUUAUAGUCACUUCAUUCGUCAAAGGCUCCGUCCUACUGUCAGAUGUUGAAGUUAUUAGAAACCCAGUAAAUGACUCCAAAAUUAAUUUUUUUCCUUAAAUCUGUCACUUUCCAUUCAGUACCCUUGGCAAGAAGGUGUGUGAUACAUGUAAAUUUAUCACAUCUUAGAUAUUCCUUAUGGGCAUGCAUUCUCUUAGUCAACUUUGGUUCCAAUGAGUCUAUCAUAACAAAAGGCGACAUGAUCUCCCCCCCCUUUUUUUUUCUCUGUUAAAAAUCCUCAACAUGAAUCAUUUGAGCGUUACCAGCCAUGAAAUCAACUUCAUUUUCUUGAAAUUUCAAGGAAAGAAAUAUUUUUUCGUUUACGUUUCAUCAGUGGUGGUAAACUUGGCCUUAAUGUUCUAUCAGUCUCAACAAAAUGCAAUAUGAUCUCACUUUCUCUCUCCAUUCCAAGCCUCAGUCCAUGAAUAUGGAGUGUUCCCAUUUCCAUUUACCUGUCACAAGUGGCGGUAAAUAUGAUACCCUGAUUCUUCGUGGCAGAUGGGAGAAGCCCAUACUUCUGGCAUGGGGAGUGUCAGAUAAGUAUCUGGCUCAAUCAGUUGCAGAGGAGUUUCAAAGGGGUAACCCUGGUUUAGUCAAACUCAAGCUGAUAGAAGGCGCUGGUCAUAUGCCACAGGAAGACUGGUGAGCCCUCGAAUUUUAAUACCAUUUAUUUCCCUUUUUUUAAUUUAAUUUCUCUCUACGAGCUACUAAUCUUCUAACCAUUAUUUUUAAAAAAAAUCUAUAUUUAAAUUUUUUUUUCUGAUCAGGCCAGAGAAGGUUGUUGAGGCAAUGAAAGUGUUCUUAUGA